AUGAAGUGGCAAGACACCGAAACAAACUGUCAAUUCAUCCGAGGUCUUGAUAUUAACAUCAUCAAAACUAGAGGUUAUCAGAUUCAGUCAAUGUCAAAUAGCAAGGCGAAGAUGCUGCCCAAACAAAGUUGUUGGACCUGCAAAAGGCGCAAGAUCGGCUGUGAUAGGGCAACUCCAAGUUGUAAUAAUUGCAUUCGGACACAAAGAAAAUGUCUUGGGUAUGGCCUUCAACUUCUCUGGCCAGAUCGUCAUGAUGGGCGCCGGAGAAAACGUGACCCUGCUGAGCAUCGACCCCCAACAACACUUUCAAAAUCGGUUCACUAUGGCAAAUACUUCUUGAACACAUCCUUAACAGAUGUUGAUAUUGCUGUCUCCAAGAGUGAUGGCCAUAUACUUGUGGAUCUCUUCCAACAACGACCUCGAUGCAGUCUCACACUUCAUGGCCCCUUUCUCGAUCAUGAAGGGAUGCUUCUCGGUUAUUACGAGAACAUUAUAUCUUCCAUGAUCUCCACAACGCAAGUUCAAAACGGCUUCUGUUCGACAUUACUCCCCAUGGCAUUGUCAAGCCAAGACACUUCGGCUCUUGCAUUGCUCAAUGCAAUGAUGGCCGUAGCAAUGAUCCAUUACUCGAACUCAAUAUCUGAUGCAAUCUCGUUCAAACUAAAAGCUAUCCAGAACUUAUCACAGUCACUCAGGACCGGUAGGAGGUCAAUAUGCACAUCGACCAGUCAAGUUCAGCUUGCAGCAGUAAUGAUGCUUUGUGUUUACGAUGUCUUUGAUAGAGAAGAGCACAAUUGGCACAUCCAUUUGAACGGAGCGAAGGAGAUCAUAAGGCGAGAGCGCUUCACAGAUACGCCCGGUUCAAGCUCAGAUUUCCUUCUUACCUGGUGGUUAUACCACGAUGUUUUGGCUGCUUUCAACUAUCCAUCAUGCCGACUUAAGGAAAGCCCUGGUUCCGUCUCAACAUCCGCUCUUUACGCUUUCAGUGGUGAUAAAUCUCUCGUAAGUGCCCCCAUCCUUACGUCCAGUCUUCUGACUCUAGCCCAGAUCGUGGGAUCCUUGGGCUGUUCUGUUGAAGUGCUUGAGAUUAUUGAUAAGAUCAACAUGAUGCGACUACACUCCGCACAUGAUUUUCUGAGCACCUCAACGCUGCGAAGGUGCGAUUUGGCAAUGAAGCUUUACAACAUCCGACAGUUACUUGCUCCCAUUGAGAGUUCUUAUAGUUUGAGAGCACAUCGUAUUUUGGCUAUCGCUGAGUUGUAUCGCCUAGCGACACUGCUCUAUCUCCAACGCGUGCAUCCCAUCGCGGAGGACGAUUUCACGCGGCCGGUUUACGUACAACAAGCCCUGGGAGUCUUGAAAAGCCUGGGUGUUGCAACCAGUCCAUGGCCAGUGUUUGUCAUCGCAUGUGAAGUCGAUGAGCAAGACCGCGUCAGCAUUCUUCAUACCCUUGACAGAAUGGACAGUGUGAGAAGCAUUGGCAACAUCAAGGUUCUACGCGAUGUUAUUGAGAGUAUCUGGAAACAGCAGGAUCUUCGGAGUAUUGGAAAAGCUGGCCAGCGUGUCGAUUGGUUGCAGUUUGUCGAGUGCGAUGUUCCGGUCCCAUGGUUUAUCUAGGUCACGUCUAGCUCUUGUUCUGUCACAUAGACAUAG